GUGGAGCCCACCACUCCCAUCUCUCCCAGCACCCCCGGGCUGAAACCCUGGAACGCCGCCCCCGAGGACAAACAGGCCCCGCCGGCCACGCCCACAACUGCAAGCCCCGCCCCCGCCCCCGCUCCAUACAGACCAGCUGUGACCUACUGGGAUCUGGAUGUUCAGACCAAUGCUGUGAUCAGAGAGCACCCCCCCGCCAACCACCUGCACCCCCACCCUGAGAUCGAGCUGCAGAGAGCCCAGCUGGUCACCAAACUCCGUCAACACUACCACGAGCUGUGCCACCAGAGAGAAGGUACCCCCAACACACACGCGCGCGCACGCACGAUGGUUCUGUACAGCUUCCUGCUCUGGAAGUCUUGA